UAGGUUUCUUUGAUGGGAGAACAGCAGAUUAUAUAUUCAUGUUGUUUUUCAACUGGAUUUGCACGGUGAUAGUUGGAUUAACCAUGGGAAUGCUUAUUCUGUUUGUCCCCCUUGUUUUGACGGUGGUAUACGUGUGGGCACAACUCAACAAAGACCAGAUUGUAACAUUUUGGUUUGGGAUGACAUUUAAGGCUUGUUAUUUACCCUGGGCUCUGCUCAUAUUCAACUUUAUUCUGAGAAAUACUGUGAUGGACGAGCUUGUUGGUAUCUUUGUUGGCCACAUGUACUACGUCUUGAUGUUUAAAUAUCCUCAAGAAUACGGUGGGAGAACGUUUCUUUGUACGCCGCAGUUUCUGACUCGAUGGUUUCCUCCGAGGAGGGGUGGCGUAUCUGGUUUUGGAGUCCGACCAACAAGCAGGAGACCACAAGCUGAAGAUGAGGGGGGUCGAUGGGGGAGAGGCUAUUUCUGGGGUCAAGGCCAAAGAUUAGGAGACAACUGAACUUUUCUUUUUCUAUGGAAGAGCCCAACACCUGCAUUUGUGUCAUUUACUGUACAAUGUGUUGACUAAGAGUAUCUUGUGCUUUGGAAUCGCAGCUGAAAUUUUAAUGAUUGUGGGAUGCUGGUAGGAAUGUGAUGUCCACUUGGCUGCUAAGGAAAGGAGGAUAAGCAAAUUGAUAUGGAAAUGUACAAAUGUAAAUCUCCUGUAGACUACCAUAAAUCUGACCUUUACAGCAGAAUCUCAUUUUCAGAAGAAUUUUGUAGAAUAAAUCAAAGUUUAUGACUUUAAAAAAAAAUUGACCAGUCUAUAGAAGGAGAUAUAUUUCCAGUUGUUAAACUAAAAGUUGCAUAUCCACCAUAAAAGGCUAUUUUCCUUUCACACCUUCCCUGAGUCAUGAUAUAGAUCCCCUCAAGAGAAACACAAUUUCGCAGAAUUACUGAUUUCUCUCCUGUUUAACAGGCAGGGUCUGCAUUGAUCAGGUUGACAAGGGAUAUCAUGAGGGUAGAGUGUGUGCAUUCUGUAUUUCUCUCCCUCUGUCAUGCACACAUGCACACUCAUUCUACCUUUUUAGCAUUUGUCCUAAUUUUGUGACCAACUUCUCAGGUCUUUGGCAGAGCUGUUGUCACUUUGGGAGAUUGCUGGAUGUGUGUAGUGUUGGAAGACGGCGUGGGAAAAGAGAUUUCUGAGCACAUCAGUUGACUGAAAAGCACCCACCAACCAGGGAUGAUAUUCUGAAACAGCAGCAACUCCUGCUGAUCAUCCACAGUGACUCUCAGAGCUAGUUUCACCAUUGCUGUCAGAGUUUUAAGGCUUACAUAGUUUGUUGCUUCUGUCAAUUUAUUUUCAGCAGAGGUGAAAAAUAGGAAGUUCAUAGCAGGUAGAGAAUGAUGCUUCAAUCAUUUAGGUUUUGUUUUUGCUAAUUUCUUCACGAUAGCAUAGCUAUCAGAAUUAUUGCCAAAUUGUAUUCCUCCUUAUAUUUGAGAUUUAAACAGUAGGGGUGGGUGGUGGUGGUGGUGGUGGAAGAUUGUCUUGAAUCUGAAUGAUCAGCACCAUGAACAGAAACGGUGCUUGCAGGGACAGAUAAGCCUGCUUAGCAAACACUGAUUCUGUUUCAACUUUGAUCCUUUGUCGGUACUGUUUUUCUAGAUCUCUGUAUGGCACCAACUGAGAGGCUGGCAAACUGGGGCAUUGACCAGCAUUCCCCUGGAGGUAGCCACUAAGAUGUGCCAAGAUAGGAGCCACAUUAGUUUCCCCAAUUCCUGGCCUGCAUUUGGUAUUGGCUGCUGGAAAGGAUUAGUGUUAUAUUAGGCCUGAAAUGUUUAACUGGUUCAUCCAUCCUUGGUGCCCUGCCGUUCCUUGCUUUGAUUUAAAGGAUAUGGAUGAAGGGGUUGUGUAAGUUUGAAAAUGUACUUACAGCGACUUCGUUGGUGUAACUCUCCUUACAAAAGCAAUCAGGUGACUAGAAGUGCCAUAAAGACAUGUCUUUUGAACCAAGUCAUGUUUCCUUCUCAAUCCUGAUCAGUGCUUCACUUCCAUAUUGAAAUCUUUUAUUUAAAAAGCCAACUUUGUCGUGGUAGGUAAUAUUUAAAAAUAAACUCUUUUGAAUUUCAUACUUCUGAUAAAUAUUCUAAAAAUAAAAUCUAAUGCCUGUACCUCCUGUAUUCUAAAUUCCAAGUCUUUAUUUAUAAACCAGAUCUUCUUGUCCUGUACUGUCUCGUUCUGUCAGCGGAGGCCGUAAAAUGCCACAUGUCGGGUAGGGGCUGUGGGCCUGAGUGCAAAGCUUCUGUGGGCACUUGCCAUUCUUAAUGCAGUGCUGGGAAUUUAUAAUGAAAGCAAUUGACAUGUUUACAAUGGAAAUACAAAAUUUAAGAUAGAACACAAACUUUUUGUAAUGGGGCUGAAUUACAUCUCCACCACGUGCCCUUUUAACCCUGCUUCCUCCUGGAGCUGCAUUCUGUUGACUGCCAUGAUCUGGGAGCACUACCAGUAUAUUUUAUUAUAACUUGCAUUCUCGUGACUGUAUUUAAGGAUCACUGGUCUGAUUGAAAGGAAGAUUAAAAAAUUAAUAAAAGGGCAUCAGUUCUAGCAGCAGAUUCUUGUCAAGCCCCUUUGAAAUUUCAGUAUUUGAAGAAAUAACUUUCUAAUGGUAGUAACUGUAUAUUGUUCAAUUUUGAAUAAUGCAUAUGCAUUUUUAAAGGUAAAUUCUGCUGCAAGAGAAAGCAGGGCCAAAUUAGUAGUGUGGUACUUAUUCUUUGACUUGCAAUAGCUCUGAGCAGACACAGAAAUAUGGAAUUGGUAAAUCAGAUUAUUCCAUAUUAAACGGGUCUGUUUUCUGUUUAAUUAGUUUCCAAGUGAAAUGUUCACAGGUGGUAUGGUAUAGAUACUUGGUUUGUUUGUUCAAAUAACCCAAGGCUUCAGAAGUGAUACACAGUCCAUUAAAUCUAGGCACAUCCACAUGAACAAAUUGAAUGUUGCCCUCUUAACCUGUGAAUGUAGUCUAGUCGCUGGAGACAUGGGGGAAAUAGCAAUUUAGCAUUGUACAGUCUUGCUAGAUUGCCUGUGAUUAUAUGGUUUUAUUAAUUAAAAUCCUGGAACCUCAUCUUCCUUUGUGAUGGAUUUAAAUAUGAUACAUAAGAUUUAAUGUUCAGUUUGGAUUAGACUUUAUUUCACCCACUCAACAAAAAUGUUUUUUUUAAAUCUGCUAGAUGGAUGAGGAAAGGUUUUUAUUUAUGUCUUCUACAACCCAUGAAAGAUUAUUUCUUUCUGCAGUGUGAUUGAAUUAGGUUUUUUUUUGUGCUGGUCUCUUCCACUGAGGAAGUUUGAUGUAUAAAUGAAAGAUUAUUGGCAAGACCUCUAUCUACUGAUUCCUAAAGCUGUUUUGUAUAAAAGUUGUACACUUUUGUAAUUAAAUCACAAACUUCUGAAAUUCUAAAAUGAAAUCUUUCAAAGGCUUAUCAUUUUUUCUUGUGUGCUAUAGCUGUAGAACAUAUUACUGUAUUGAUGGGAACGUGUAGGUCAUAGUUCACUGCUGAGAGUUCUUGAUCUUGUAAAGUGGGAGAUUGCUUCUGCAUUUCAGACACUAUCGUUGACAAGUCAAUGGCCAUCUGAAGAAGUUAUAUAAAGUAAGCUAAUAACAGCAAAGUAAAGACUUAAGAAAACAAUUAACUACAAGAGGCUAAACUGCAAUCUUAUCAAUUGCUCUUGCCUCAUUCACUUCCUUGCAGUUCAUCUGUGUCACUAAUUCUGGUGUGUUGAGCACCACAGCCUUGAUUUUAAUUGCUUUACCAUUGGUGGCAAUGCUGUCAGCUGCCUUGUUGCUAUGCGCUAGAAUUCUCUCCUUUAACUUUAUCACCUCUACCUCAUCUUUGUUCUUUAAGGGGCAGCUUACAAUCUACCUCUUUGACUAAGGUAUUGGUCAUAAGAGGAUAGCCUCUUAUUAUACAGCACUCCUGUGAGGCCCCUUGGAAUGGUUUAUUUUGUAUUUAUGUUCAACAGUCUAUGUAAAGACAAGUUGUUUUCAAAAUGCGCCUCAUUGUAUAAAUGCAGAAGUCCUGAAUUGCAAUGUUAUAUUUAAAUCCUGGGGAUCAGAAGUGCCAGGUUUAAUCCCACACUGGCUUUGAUGCUACCAUUUGCUUCAAUUAUGUCUGGGAUAUAAUAGGGUGCUAAUGUGAAAAUGUAGCUUUAGUUUGACCAAAUUAACCAGAAUGAAUUGGAAGUAAUAGUUUAAACUGUCAUGUCGACAGAAACCAAAAAAUACUGAGAAGCUGCUAACCACACAGGAUAAAAAAAGAAACAAGGCUCCAGACAGGUGGCUGCUUUGAUAAAAUAAGAAAUGGUUAACCACAGAGUUGGUUAUUAAACAGCUUAUAACCAGAGACAUGGAAGAAGGAUCUGAUUGUAUAAAAGAGGAAGGAACUAGUAUAGUGAUACUGAGAAUUUAGGACCAAUGCUUGCUAGAAGGAUGAUUCUGACUCAGAAGACAAUAAGAACUUGGGUACAACUCUUCAGCAUGGGACCCAAGGUCAGGGACCUAGAGAACAGCAGUACAUUCCAGACCAGAGCCUGAUCUUUUCUGAUGAAGGGUCUAGGCCCGAAACGCCAGCCUCUCUGCUCCUAUGAUGCUGCUUGGCCUGCUGUGUUCAUCCAGCCCUGCACCUUGUUGUCUCAGAGCCUGAUCAUCUGUUUUCUGGUAGUAUUCUGUGCAGGGAGUGACGCUUGUGAAUCUAAUAAAUACUCUUGUAUAACUGA